AUGCAAAUAACACAUGGACAAAAUUUUGCUAAAAGUUGUUGUAAAAUGCCAAAGUUUUUCGAAAAUCCCAGCCUUUUAACCAAAGAAAGGCUCAAAACAGACCUCAAAACGCAUGGCAUUACACUUCCUCGAGGAGAGCAGAAAAAGGAUGUGUAUGUGCAGCUUUAUUUAGAUCACUUGACAUCGCAAAAUACGAGCAAAACGAGCGCCGGUGAUUUCUCGUCCGACGAAGAAGAUGCGACAGGUUCCCCUGAGAAGCCGCCCACCAGACCCCAACCCAAGCUGGUUAUCCGCAAGCCUGUCAAAGGUCUCCCGUACGAUGUGCACUCGCUAUCAGAUGGAGACCUUGCCAGGCAGCUCAAAAGCUACGGCCAGGUAGUGGGACCUAUCACAGAGACAACACGGCCACUUUACCAGAAGAAACUAGUGAAACUACUCCAAGAGGAAAGCAAGAAGCCGGCUGGUUCCCAGACCCCUGACAAGAAGCCACGCCCAUGGGAGUACUCAGAUAAGGAGGAAGAAGAGGCGAAGGAAGAGGUGAUGGAUGCCAAACCAGGAAAUGUUACCAUGGAGAAUGGCGACGAUCAUGAUGAAGAAGAUGCAGAUGACGAAAUUGAUGCUGUCCCUGAGCCGCAGCUAACCAAACCUUACCCAAGAAGAACCAAAAAGGCUGUGGAGAAGCCAAAAGAGGAAGAAGAGGUCAAACCGUCCGCUCCACAGUGCGUCAAACGCGAAACGAUUAUCCAAGAGACAUACAUGACCACGAGAAAGCGAACUGCUGCCGAGAAAGCCUCGUCGAAAUCCGAAACGGUGACGGCGAAAACCGAGGUCACUCCGAACGUGCCGAAGCAGGCCAAGUCCAAGUCUUCGUUUUGGUGGAAGGUUAUCAUUUUUCUUAUACUGAUUGUCAGUAUUGCUUUGCUGGUGGUGUAUUUUAUGGAAGGGAACCCAGUUAAACCCUCCAUCGCUGCUGGUAGAAGUCACUGAUAGACGUUUCUUCAAAUCUAGUUGUUCUAAUCAAGUUUGAGUUUUCCGUGGGCUACCGUUAAUUUAAGGGCGGCUAACCUUGAGAAUCCAACAUGGGUAUGGUGUUUGUAAUUCUCUUUGUCGUUGGCCUGACAAAUUGAAAAACAAAUUGUUUAGUUUCAAUCCCUCUGUUGUCCAAGGGAAACUCAACAGGUACGCAACUAACGACAAGACUCAGGCAAAGAAACGUUCACCAAAUUCAACACGCGCACCGUUCCUACAGUUUUCAAUAUUUUACGGACACGCUUAGUAUUUCCACACGACCAACUGUAUUAUGGCUUCUGUCAAACAAAAGCCUUGAGGUUUUUUCGAUCGGCCAUCAAGGUGGUGUUUCGAUAGCACUUCAACUCGAUGCUUAGCGUUGACAAAUCACAGAGCAACAAAUGUUAUUCAAAGAGUCAGGAGGCCGUUCAGAGGGUGGUAAUCCUUGACGACCCCUCAAUUUGGCAUUUAGAAUAAAACGUUUCUUUUCCUGACUCAAUUUCUGUCUCAAUGAUGGUCAAACUACUAUUUUUGUUGGUUACACAAAAUUAUCCAACUUGUCUCGCAGCCAAAAACGUUGCAAUUUGAACAAGUUUGUUGCAGAAAGUAGAAGGUCUAUUACAACGAACCAACUUGUCUCGCAGCAGAAUGACAUAAACACUUCUCAAGCUACAUCGCUGACGCUUGUGAUUGGUUGUGACGUUAAUAUUGUGAUUGGUUGUAAGUGACUCUUGUGUGAUUGGUUGAAUGUGACGCUUGUGAUUGGCCGAAAGCGAAAAAAGUUGGAUGAUUUUCUUGCUCGUAUGACUCCCGUGUGAUUCUUUACUUGUGAAUUAUUAUUUUUGCCAUGUUUGGAUGUGCAGAUUGUUAUUGUAUCAUUCUCCUAUUGCUCACGUUUCGGUUGGGUGUCUGAACUAAAUGUGAUCAUAUUAUCUUCCUUUGUCUGCUUUUUUCUUAAAAGUCGUCUUUGCAGACGUCAUGUCCUGACCAGGCUGGAAAUUAUAAAAACGUGAGCUCGCGGCAAAUUUACGAACAGUUUUCAUUUCAGAGUUUUUUCUAAGGCGAAAAAAAGAAAAACAUUUCUCUUCAGUAUGAUUGACAAGAUUUAGUCGUAAAAAACGCUCUCACAGGCGUAAUUUCCAGCCCUGUCGAGAAGUGUCUUUUUGAUUAUUUAGGCUGGGUUUGUCUUUGGCUCUUUUUCUUGCCUUUUUGUUGUUGCCAGUUUUAAAGUUUCUGUAAGUCGCCUAUGAGACUAUGUUUAAUAGAUAGUUUGAGUGGUUCAGAGUUCUUUCUACUUAUAGAAUCCUUUUAUCAUUGGCUACUUGAGGAAUCAAGUGGUAGAAUAUAGAUACAAAAAUAAUGUAUUUGGAUUUUCCUAGCGAUCUGUUGAUGCAAAAAGUUGCUCAAAAGUGUCCGUUUACCUCAACCUUGAUGAUACACGAUACACACAAUACACGUUGCUACGGUUCGGUCCCACAAUGCAUUAUGGUCACUGUUGCUAAUAAUAGGCCACGUUUUGCAUCAAAUGAAAACAAGGAAGCAUAAAUUAUUUGCAUUAAUAUUAACGACUCUACGACUCUUAAAGCGUUUCUUAAUAUAUUUGCAUUAAUAUUAACGACUCUUAAGCGUAAAUAUAUUUACUCUCUUGAUAAACACCAAAAGAUUUACAGCCCAAGUAUUGCCUAAUUCGAUACUGUAAAGAUGCAAAGUGAUGGUUCUUGCUCGAAGUCCCUCUUGAUGAUGUAUAGUUGGAAAUAAUUUUUUGUAUAAAAAAACACGUGAGCUAUUUUGUGUUAUUCAUUAUGCAUUUUGUACUUCUUUUACAUGUGUAUUUUUAUUAAACGUGCGAGGUCAUAUGCAGAA